GCUACGAUACGGAUGCCGAUGGGCGGUGAAUGAUAUGUCAACAACGUGCAGAAUAGCUUCAACGGAUUCAUUUAACAUGUUCCGUACAAACCAGGACCGAUGUCGACCACUCGGUGUAUUACCUUGAUUUCUGUAACAUUAAUGUGCGUCCACGUCUGUGCACCAAUAAUCGACAGGCCUUAUUCACCCUCAAGGGCUAGCUAACUAGCCAGCUAGCUAAUGCAGAGCCACGUUUGUGUAUGAUCGCGUUGCUUGGGAUUUUGACGCGCAUGCCAUGUGAUCGACGAGUGUGUCGAAUAAAGCCCACAUUGUUCUACUAAGUGGCAAACAGAGACAAUGCCACUUGAAGUGGGACCUUCCCCCUCUGGUAAAGACAAUGGACAGAAGGACCCACCACGCAAGACGGAGAAAGCCAGCAGGACAAGUGGCGGAGAGCCCACCCCUGGCCCAUCCAGUGCCACCCAGAGACAGGGCUACUGCAGCUGCUGUCAGGUGUUCUACAGCAGUGUGGAGCAGCACCUGAUAAGUCCGAAGCACAGGGAGGUAGUGCGGACUACUCGGAGUGCCGUCCCCACAGGCAGCCUGAUGGACAGGUUCCUGCAGGAUGUCAUGAGGCACCAUCCCCAUCGCUACAUCGACACACGGCCGACUCAUGCAGAUCUGCCAUGUCUGACCACCUUGCCAGCCCCACGGGAGGAGCUCUCAGAGGUUUACUGUGGCUCUAAGGAUGACGGAGCGUCAGUCGGGACGCGAGAGGAGAUGCCCAGCUCGGACGACGAAUCCUGCCUUCCAGCACCCACGCAGAAGGCUACGUUGGCUCCGAGGAAGGACACGUCAGCGACCACCAGCCUGUCCGUGAAGGCUGCAGAUGUUCCCACAACAAGCACGCACGGUUGCCUAGACAGCGUUAAGACUCAUCUGAACCCACCGCUGUCCAGAAAGGACUCGCCCACACAAGGGUUUUUGCACAGGACUAGUAGCACUUCGUUACAAACCCUCUCGCAGUCAAAGUCCUACUCCAAGCACACCACAAAAGUACCUACAAAGUUAGCCAGCGCACAACCCCAAUCGCCCGCAGAACCUUCGCAUUCAAAAGACCCUUCGCCUGAGCAGCCCAGCACCUCUCAGCCUCCGCACCGGAAAGCUAACAAGAAGACCAACCGGCGUGGGGAAGGGGAUGACUCGGCCUCUGGCUCUCUUGUCGGAGUGCAAUCUUCCAGGGUCCCCACGUCAAAAGCCCCCGCUGUCAGCAGACCAGCAUUUGAGAGUCCUGUCCUCUGGGCCCCAGCGAUGCCCCCUUGGAAAGCUGCCCAUCGAGAGCGCACCUUCUCGGAUGUCUCGGACCAGAUAAACCAAGUGAUCGACGAUGUUAUCGACCUCCAUUGUUACGGUAGAGUCCGGGAGCAGAAGAAACCGGACAUCGACGAUGACGACGACGACGAGGGAAGCUUCCAUCUGAGUCUGCACUCCAUGAGCAACUCUGCAGGAAGCAAAGGGUGGGACGACACGCUGCAGGCCGCCGUGGGCACCACAAAGGUGGACGAGAAGAACCUCACGGGCCUCAUGGAGACCCACAUCAGCCUGGAGGACCAGAAGUACAAGAGCCAGCUGGACUCUGCCCUGAAGCCAGCACAGGACACGGAGGAGGACAUUACGGAGACCGAGGCAUUGCCGGUCAGCAGAGUAGAUGUAGGUGUGGACGAGGUGCUACCGGACCUCCCUCACAUCCCGCCGUCGUUUGUCGGGAAGACUUGGGCCCAGGUGAUGCAGGAGGACGACCUCAAGAUCGACUUGCUGGUGAAGGAGUUCCGCGAGGGAUCAUUCCGCUGCUACUUUGACACGGAGUCUCUGGCUCGCUACGGGAAACACCGGCGGAGAAAGUCUCGCAGGAAGACACGAGACCCUCAGCCCCAGGAGAAUGUCGACGCCACCGCCACCACAGCGGACUGCACAGACGUCCUCCCGCUCAUGGAGCAUACUGAAGAGGAUGUUGUUGUCGAGGAGCAGCAGCAGCAGGAGCAGCCAUUGCCGGUAAAGGAGCAGACAGUGCAGCCUCAAAAGCGCUUCUAUCGUAUCGCUUCUCGCUGUCAGGUGGUCAAGGUCAGUCACGGGACUCAGACGACCGGCGUGAGCUGGCCUGUGGUCCGUCGCAAAACAGUCGAGGAGUUAAGGGCGUCGCUGGACGAUGCCGAGCCUACGCAGGAGUUAGGGCAAGCGACCGAUUUUGCCAACGAAACGCCCAAGAUGAAGACCAGGCUCUGCGCUCUAAGCCUGCCGGCCUCCUACAGCAAGGUGAUGAGCCCGCUUCAGCCCAAAACGGUCGUUUACGUGCUGUCAUCCCCGACGGACAGCGGGCCGAGCCUCAGCAAGCAGCCGGGCAAGCGCAGACCCGGGGGAGGAAGGAAGAAGAAGACGUGCGACCUGGACAGCGCCUACAAGUACAAAUACAAACGGACUCCGCUGAAAUACUACGACCCGCUCACCAACCGGAUAUUAAAGUCCCCGCCGAAAGGCGUGCCCAGCACGCCCAACCCCAAAUAUUACCCACACGUGCGGCAGCUCUUCCGCAGCCUUAGCCCGGACAACAACAAGGAGCGGUACGCGUUCGAGUUCGGGAGCGAGUCCUGGGGCUCUCCGCGGGGCUGGGCCAGCAGCAGCGUGGCCGACCUCUGCGCUUCCAGCACGGGCUCCUGCCUGGACAGCGCGGGGCCCUCGGAGCCCGGCUCCUCUCUGUCCAGCAGCCGGCGGGCCCUCUUCAGCCGCUCCUCCAGGAGCAGCGGCAGCCGCUUCCUGCUGGGCACGCUGACCCCGGCGCCGUCGGUCGCCGACAGCGCACCCAUGGUCCCAUCGGGCUCCCGGACGAGCAGCCGCGGAAAGGCGUCCUCCGCUGCGGCGGUGGUGGCGGCGGCGGACCAGACUGGAGGUCCAGGGCAGGGCAGGCGGAAGAGGAGGUGUGGAGAUAAGGCGAGAUCUUUGACUCCGGCGAAGAAUCCGGCCUCCCCUCCGUACAAGAGGAGGAAAAAAUCAGCCAAGCCCAGGGCCAAGGGGAAGGGAGGGGGGUCUAUGCAGCGGACGGUGAAUCCCCGCAAGUCGCCAGAGGGCAGGACAUCUCCUAGGGGCAAAGCUGCCACCAGGACAUCUCCGAGAACAACUCCACCAAGAACACGAUCACGUUUAAGGCCCUAAAUAGAUUCACAUUAUCCCAUAAAUUAGGAGUGUGUGCGUGUGUGUGUGCGUGUGUGUGUGCGUGUGUGUGUGCGUGUGUGUGUGCGUGUGCGUGUGCGUGUGCGUGUGUGUGUGUAAGCAAUGUGUCAAUGAGUACCCCUCAACCCUGGUGAACCACCAGCAAAGUGUGUGUGUCUACAGCUGAUUGAAUUCAGCAGAUGAUCAUAAUGCCAUUGAGAGCUUAAAAGAAAAUUUCACCUCUGAGUCGUAUGGCAGGGCUGGUAGUGAAGUUCAUAGUGUUGCUGGUCUUCCAGGAGCAACACUCAGAAACCCUGAAGUACACAUUUAAAUGAGCAAGGGUGCAGUCAGUUCUCUUUUAACAUGCAGUAAUUGUUGCUGAGUUAAGAGGUUGUGUAGCAUCACAGAGACAUACGUCAACAGUAAUGUACCAGACCUCAGCCUUUUUAAAGUUGGCUGUAGACGAUGUUCAGAACCAAAAUUGAAAUCGAUUGACUGCAGUCGUGUACACAGAUCAUGAAAUGCUGAUGUCAAAUCUGUUCUCAUGAGACUAGAAACUGUGUAAUUCCUUGAGGAUCAAGAAACAUGUAGGUGAUUUACAAAACUUUCAAUUGGUUGUAUGUGUACACCAAUAGAUGUGUCUCAGCCUGACCUGUCAUAGUCCAGUCUCAGCCAUUUAUCUGCGAUAUAAUAUUAUGAAGAGGUAAACACAUUACAAUAGUGUUUUUUUUUCAUCUUAAGCCCUGAUAUACUAGUUUUUCCAAAAUAAUCGGCACCCCAUGACAAGAUCAGUGGAAUGGUACAGAUCACUUUGUGUUCAAAUUUCCUUUUUGUGUUGAUUUUCCCCCCGAAGGGACCCAUCAUUGGCACUGAAAGUGUGUGACAGUCUGAUGUUAAUUUGAAUUUCUCUGUGUCUAUUUAUUAAUUUGACCUAAUUAAUGUAAUCUUAGUCUGUAAACCUUUCUAAUCUCAAAAUGUUGUUUCUCCGACAAAACCAUUGUAUUCAUUGUGCUCUGUUACUUCCUUGAAUUAUGGCCCUACUUUUUUCACUUUAGCAGGUGAAAACGUGAAUGUAGGAUACUGAAAAAUAAUUUGAAAAGUUUCAAAACAGUUUAUACCUCAAGUAUCAUUGAGAUGAGUAGAUUGUGGUGGCCGCUAUAUCUGGAGGGAAUUCCUUUAAGCACAUGCGUUUAAACUUGAAUAUGUUUUAAAGAUCACGACUAAAAUUUGCAUCUUGUUUCUGUACCUCUUUUGUCAUAGAUCAUGUGCUGUAUCCGCACAUUGUGUGCACUGUUCCCUUUGUAUCUUGUGCUAACCAAUUCUUUAAAGGUCUAUAUGUUAUUGGUUCAACUUAAAAAAAAUGGCAAUUUUAAAAAGGGCAUGGCAGCAUGUAUAAGAAACGACCAUUUUGUCAGAACAUCAAAAAGGCCUAUGCCCUUCGUUUUCCCCAUAUUCACACUAAAGUUGGCAUGCAAACCAGCUAGGUUGUCCCAGCUAUCUUGUAGCAUUACUGUGUAUCCUGUGUGAUGCUGUAUAUUAAAUACAAUGCGAGUUGAUGGAAGAGUGCCCUGUUGCUAUGAGACAACUCAGCCUAUAGAACUUCACAUAGCACUUUUAACCACAGAGGGUUCUAAUUGAACGAUGGGCACGAAAUUUGUACCACGAAGUACAACUGUGGUACAAUUUUUCUCGUUUAAUGAAAUGUUCAGUUUAACUGAGAGCUAUGAGAGUAUGGUUCCCUUAACACAGCAUCUUCAGUUUAACUAAAGCUAAUUUACUAGCUAGACAAGAUUUACUAGUUCGCCAUUAUGGGCAAGACAUUGAAGCGCAAACAUUGAAUGCUCCCAUAUGCUACACGAUAGCUGUAUUUGAAGCACGAGAACUUUGCUUGAUGACAGACUUUGCACUUUGCCCUCCAAACAAAUUAGGGCCCGUUGUCUUCUACAUGCCAGUGUCCUUUGGGAAAGCUUUGUGGUUAAACUAUUCCAACAAAACUCAAGCAUACCUUAAGAGCAUGACCUGUUCUGCAGAUAUCGACCUGUUAUUUCCAGAUUUUGCUGUAUUAUUUUAUUGUCAGCUACAACAGAGAUGAACCUGAGAUGCGGAUGUCCUGGUGUUAUUACAGUUGUCUGCGCAUCAUGAUCUUUUUCCACAAUCAUUGUUGGUGUUGCAAUUCCAGAAACAUAUUGUUUAAUUGCUGUAACAGCUGCAGAGAAGAUGUUGAUAAAUUGCUUUCACCUUGAUAAGCUACAUUGUCUUCACAUAUUAUGUUCAUUGUCAUUCUCAGGAAAUAGUUUUUUUGGUUGUUAAAUUAAUUGAUGUUGAUCAUCAUGGGUGCUGAUCAUUUUUUACUUGGCCGGGUAUCAUGAACUGGUUCUCUGGUGAGGGUGUUUUGUCUGAGUGCUCUGAAAACAAUGUCAGUUUGAGAAAAAAUAUGGGGGACAUUAGCUAUUAUUUUGCUGCGCUGAUUUAAGAAAAGAUGUUACUCAUUCCUUUGGAAGGACAGAUUCAUCAUUCAUCAUCAUUCACCCUCCUUUCCAUACGUUCUUCUUGAAACGGAAGUGCUAACAUAUUACAGGCAUUACAUGACUGUGUUGAAGGAAAUGGAUGCACCACAUUUCACUUCUUAAUGAUAGCCUACCUACCCAAUACUUUGAUUGACUGGUUUUUCUUUGAAGCACUUUGGAUGUACCUGAUGUGCUAUGUUUCAUAACUGUCCAGUGUAUGGAGGCAACAUACAUGAAAAUAACUUUAAUGAAAUUAACUGUCAUUCUUCCAUCCAUGUCAGCCCAAGUCCUAUGGGAAAAGAUAGAAGUGGUUGAAACUAUAUUUUACACUGCUGCAUCGCCAAAAUAUAAUUAGAGAAAAAUCCAUUAAAAAAUAAAGUCCCAUCCCUUGUAAAGAGGUCAUGAUCUACUGAUUGUAAAUUCACACGACAGUUGCUGGUUUUGUAGCCCUCCGAAACACUGAAACAGUUGUAUGUUUUGUGUUACUGGAAGCCUGCUUUGUUGUGAAGCAGUGGUGGGACUUUGUCCUACAUAGAAAAACAAAAACAUGUGUUGCAAAUUAAAAGGCUUCCAUUUUUCAAAAAACAAGCCAGUAUAGGAGAUCGUUCAGAGGAAAUUAUAUGAUAUCUGCUGAAUUCUGUGAAGUUUUGCACAGUUGGGUUUGAACAACUUCAAAAUUAGACAAUGUACUGUCUUGUGUAUGUGUGCUUUCUUUUCACGUUUUUUUUAACAAGCUGGAUAUUUUUUUAAGUUUAUAAUGGAUAUUUUUAAAUACGACAAGAGCUUGGCUAUUUAAAUUGAUUGUACAUUAAAGUUUUUGAUGAUUACAUGAAA